AACAGACUUGGAUCAAGUCAUUUCACUGUUGUCGCUUGAACAGCUUGGUAUCAAACAACCACGAUUCAUUCUUCGACACAAUUAAGAAAAAAAAUCAAGAUAAACUUACAUUAAGACGAGAAAAUAAGUUUGCAAAAUAAAAAUUAUUGGAUACCAAGCUGAUAUCAAGCUGACUGCAUCAGAAAAAAAUCAAAAAAUUGUGCGGCGAAAAAUAUUCCGGCUGAAAAGAAAAUUCUUAAGUGGUGAAAAGAAAAUAUUUGGUGAAUUCGAGUUUGUAAAAGUUUGUGAUUAAUUGUAUUAAUAUUUUAAUUCAAUUUGUUGUGAUACAAUGUUGGAAGGAUGGAGAUUGGCUGUGUCAAAACUAUUUAUAAUACCUCAAAGAUAUAUACUGGGCAUAAUGGGGUUCCUAGCUGUAGUAAAUGCAUAUACCAUGAGGGUGGUACUCUCCGUAGCCAUAACAGAAAUGGUACUGCCUACCCAACAUAACCAGACUUUGGAUACACAUUCGUGUAUAAUUGACUGGGAGCUGAAUGAAACCAAUGCUCAUGAUAUAAGAUCUUCCAAUUUAUACCCCUGGACCAGCAGACAGCAAGGUCUCAUUCUAAGUUCCUUCUAUUGGGGGUACGUAAUAACGCAUAUUCCAGGCGGUAUGAUAGCCGAAAGGUUCGGAGGAAAGUACUCCUUGGGAUUGGGGAUGCUGUGCACGGCAGUGUUCACAUUUAUCACCCCUUUUGUGAUCUAUGCCACCGAUGGCAACUGGAUAUGGGUGGUUAUAGUCAGGCUCCUGGAAGGAUUGGGAGAAGGUACAACUUUUCCAGCCUUAACCACAUUACUAGCAAAUUGGGUACCCUUAAAAGAACGAUCUAAAAUUGGUACUCUGGUAUAUGCAGGAAGCCAAAUUGGUACAGUAGUUGGAAAUUCUGUUAGUGGAGCCCUUAUUUCAGCUACAGACGACUGGGCUAUUGUGUUCUACUUCUUUGGAGCUAUGGGUAUAAUUUGGUUCAUUUUGUGGACCGUUCUCUGUUAUCCCAAACCAGAAUCUCAUCCCUUCAUCAGUGACAAAGAGAAAAUGUACUUAGCUGAGCACAUAAGUAACAUAUCCAGUAGAGAAAAAGUGAUCCCAUGGAGAUCAAUUUUGACUUCUGCACCCAUUUGGGCACUGGUGAUUGCCCAGAUUGGGCACGACUGGGGCUUCUUCACCAUGGUAACCGAUCUUCCGAAAUACAUGAAAGAUGUUCUUCAUUUCAACGUAAAGGAGAACGGUCUCUGGUCGUCAGUACCAUAUAUUUUGAUGUGGGUGGUGUCCAUGAGUUCUGGAUGGCUAUGCGAUUGGUUGAUACACAAGGAGCACAUGAGGAUCUCGUUUGCCAGGAAGUUUUUCACUACUUUAGCAUCUAUGGGUCCAGCGAUCUUCAUAAUGGCUGCAGCCUAUGCAGGGUGUGAUAGGAUGAUGGCAGUGGGCAUGUUCACGCUUGCAAUGGGAUUCAUGGGUACAUUCUACUGUGGCAUGAAAGUAAAUGCUUUGGAUCUAAGUCCAAACUAUGCUGGUACUAUUAUGGCUAUAGUAAACGGAAUUGGAGGGCUCACUGGGAUUAUAGUACCUUAUUUGGUCGGAGCCUUGACAGAAAAUCACACUGCAGCUGAAUGGCAGUUGGUAUUCUGGAUAGCUUUUGGUGUUUUUCUUGUCACAAACUUCGUUUUCAUGAUCUUCGGAAGUGGAGAAGUUCAAAAUUGGAAUGCUACAGAACUAAAUGAGAAACCAUUGGAAUCUGCCCAUAUAAAGAACCCAGAAAACCUAGCAAUGAAAACUAAAUGUUAAGAUAUGUAAAGGAACAAAUUUUAUAACACUGAGACUGAGACACAAAAUGGUAUUAUUUGACUGAGAUUUCUGAAAGAAAUCUUAUUUUUUCUCAUGAUAAACAAACACGAAAUAAAAAUCUAUCUUAACUGUCUUUGACAUAUCACAUAUAUAUUAAAUGAUAUUAAAUUAUUAUAAUUAAGUAAAAUGUAUCAGGUACCCAUUUCGAAUAGUCUAAAGGUACACCUAUCUUUUACCAAAUUUAACAAAAUACAAAUUUUGACAGCUUUGAAAAAUCGUGUUCUUGUAUGGCGAGAAAAUUUAUACGAGAAAAACUAUACCAGCACGCUUUGUCUACACGUAACAUUUUACCUGUCAGUCUUCCCUGUUCAGUCAAAACGUAUCCAGUAAAACUCUGCGUGUGGACGAAAACCAUCUAGAGAAGAAGAAGAAUAUUAUAGAUAUUUCAGGAUUUUUUUUUUAAUUUAAAACUAUAAAUAUAAUUUUGUAGUGAAAUUUCUUGCUACAAUUUUUUGUUAAAUUAAUAAUGUUAUUGAUUUGUUAGAUUAUUGUAUUAUUUAUUUAUUGUAUUAAAUAAAAUUUUUGCUGUUUUAAGUAAAACAAUUAAAUUUAUACACUGUUUGUACUAAGUGAUUUUGUAAUUUGUUUAAAUAAAUCUAUUUUAUAAAA